GAUUCUUUCCUAUGAUUCUGACCCAAGAAGAGCGAGAAACUCAUAAAGUUUACACCUUUAGUUGUCCCUUGAGUUUGGAUAUUCUAAAUAGUUUUCAGAUGCUGUCAAUGUGUUUGUUGAAAUGUCUAAAUGAGAUGAUUUAUCUAAGAAGGCACCAAUAAUUGGGUUGGUGAUGAUAGCAAAUGACCUCAGGGCUUUGUAAAAUUUGGAGCAACAAGUUGAAUAAUCCUGUCUUUUAUAUAUUGUUGUUUUAUUCAGGAGAUGGGUCUUUCUCUCUCACUGCUCUUGUCUGCUUGGAAAGAAGUCUUGGCGAAACAGUUCUUCAGUUUCAAGAACCCUGUCGAGAGCUUUCUUCAAAUCAGAUCCUUUAGCUUGAGGAAAGACGGAGGCUUGACAUCAAGAACCAGCAUUUUCAAGAGAGACAAGCCGGAAAACUCUCUUCAGACUGGUAUGGAGAGGUCGUUGAGCUUCAACAGCUGGGAAGUCCCUGUAGGAGGCAAGGUUGAACCGAUGAAUAAAGCAGAUGAUCCGAUUCUCGACACGGAGAAGCCUACUCGAAACACUUUGAACCGAAGAACCUGCGAGAGAAUCCAAAUAACAAAACCCACGAUUACUCCCCCUAAGCCUUUUGUGUUCUUCUCCCCAAGACCAAUCACCGAGCUUGACGCAGCUGCAACUACGCUUCAGAAGGUGUACAAGAGUUACCGGACAAGAAGGAAUCUAGCGGAUUGCGCGGUUGUGGUAGAGGAGCUCUGGUGGAAGACUCUGGAUGCUGCAGCUCUGAAAUUGAGCUCGGUUUCCUUCUUUGAAGAAGAGAAACAUGAAACCGCUGUUUCCAAAUGGGCACGAGCUAGAACACGAGCUGCGAAGGUUGGAAAAGGCUUGUCAAAAGAUGAAAAAGCUCAGAAGUUAGCUCUUCAGCAUUGGCUUGAAGCCAUUGACCCACGCCAUCGUUAUGGCCACAACUUGCACUUUUAUUACGAUGUCUGGUCAGCAAGCAUGAGCGCACAACCAUUCUUCUACUGGUUGGACAUUGGCGAUGGAAAAGAUGUUAAUCUUGAACACCACCCAAGAAGUGUUCUGCAAAAACAGUGCAUUAAAUAUCUUGGACCAAUGGAGAGAGAAGCCUACGAAGUGAUAGUAGAAGAUGGGAGGCUAAUGUAUAAACAGAGCAUGAAUCUGAUUAAUUCAACAGAGGAAUCCAAGUCGAUUUUCGUACUUAGCACCACUAGAACCUUAUACGUAGGGCAGAAGAAGAAAGGUGUUUUCCAACACUCGAGUUUCUUAUCUGGAGGCGCCACAACCGCUGCAGGAAGAUUGGUCGCCCGCGAUGGUAUCCUCGAGGCUAUAUGGCCAUACAGUGGACACUACCUCCCAACAGAAGACAACUUCAAGGAAUUCAUAAGUUUUCUGGAAGAGAACAAAGUUGAUCUCACCAAUGUUAAGAGGUGCUCUGUGAAUGAGGAAUAUUCGUCAUUCAAAUACGAAGAGGAAUCAAAAGAAGAAGAAACAGAUAAUAAACCUGCAGAAACCAGCGUUACAGAAGAGAAAGAGAGAAAAAGACCGGUGUUCGACCUGUCCAAGAGGCUAUCUUGCAAAUGGACAAGUGGAGUUGGUCCACGAAUCGGGUGUGUCAGAGAUUAUCCAAUGGAACUGCAGUCACAAGCAUUCGAACAAGUCAGUUUGUCUCCUCGGAUUUCGCCUACUUAUGCACGUUUCCCACCAUACGGUCCAAUUCCUUCUCCAAGGCCUAGUCCUAGAGUAAGGGUCUCUCCACGCUUAGCAUACAUGGGAAUCCCAAGCCCUAGAGUUCAAGUAAACUGUUAAGCCAUUGCUCUUAACUUAAUUCACCAAGAAGUGAGUGUUAUAUGAUAUGACCCUUAAGCUAGUGAGGUGUGAGAAAGGGUUUAUUGAUCUCCCACCCUUUGUUUUUUGAUUCAUUUCACAUGAAUUUCUUCUUUUAGCUCACUUUUGUUAAUUUUGUCUCUCUAUUUUUAAUAAUUCGUUCUUCGUUGGUUAGAUGAAUGCCAAGGCUGUAAAUCCAUUACUUCUUAUCAAUAUAAUGAAUAAUCUUCCAUC